UCCCCACUUAACCAUUCAAAAUUUCAAAUUACAAACAUAUCUCAAAAACAAUUCCGCUAAAAUAAACUCUCGAUUAACAUGGCCUUUUCUUUUCGCUAUGUUCUUUUUCUUUCUUGCAUUAUUAUCUUUGCAACUCUGCCUAUUAAUGCCCAAAUUGUGACAUCUCCAUGUACAGCAACAAUGCUGACAAGUUUCACUCCUUGCUUGAAUUUCUUGGCCAACAGCAAUAGCAAUAAUGGGACUGCAGCACCAUCUCCUGGCUGCUGCAAUGCAUUGAGAACUAUGAUGGGAAAUGGCACUGCUUGUCUCUGUGUUAUUGCAAAUGGUGGAAUUCCCUUUCAAAUUCCUAUUAAUCCUAAUACAACCAUGUCUCUUCCUCGUGCUUGUAACAUGGCUCGUGUUCCCCUCCAAUGCAAAGCCUCCAGUCCACCUGCCGCGGCUCCAGGUCCUGCUGGAACAGGGGCUCCAAGUGCUUCACCAACAUCAGCUCCCAGUCCUUCUCCUAGUCCUAAAGGUACAACAAAUUUCCAGCCAAUGUCACCAGCUCUGGCACCACAAGCUGAUGCAGUUCCUACUUUAACUCCACCAUCUCCAUCUGCGACGAAUUCUGGCCGCCGUCAAAACCCUGUUACACCGUCAACUGCACCUUCUCUUAGCUAUGGUUUUUCACCAUUAGCCCUCAUUGCUGCAUUUGGUGCAAUUGCUUUUAUGUUGUAUUAGUUUGAAAUCAGACAGUACUAGAAUUAGUGAAUUUGUGGGGUUGUUUAUGUCAUUUAUUUUGGAGAUAUGUAUUAUUUUGUUAUACAACUAUUCUUUGAUGUAAUAUAGAAUCCUGAAAAGAUUAUGUAUUUCUUGUUGUAUUAGUACAGGGACUCCUGUGAAAUUUUUAUAAUUUGGGUGUUUGUUACGUAAA